AUGUCAAAGCAGGCGCAGCUUAUGGAGGUGCUGAAGAAGGAGGUGAGAUCGCUGCUAAUGGCUGCCAAAGAGGGCUUAACCCCAGCACAGCUGGAGCAGGAGUACAUGGCCAUGAUCGGCAAACCUCUCCCUCUACGUGACUUGGGCUUCCGAUCCACCUUGGAGCUGGUGGCAGAUAUGCCUGAAGUUGUCAGAGUCUGUCCUUAUGAGAAAGACACUUUUAUCCUCAAAGCCAUUGCAGAUGAGACCACCAAAGCGAUUGCCAAACUGGUUGCCAGGCAGAGGAAAAGUGCUAGGGCACGGAAGAGUGCUGCUGUGAAGGCAGAUGCUGCUCCUCCCUCUAAGAAUCCACAGAGUUUCCUUCGGAGGAGCAGGGCUCCUGUCCUGCCAGCAACGGUGAAGGCUGAGCUGCAGGAUCUGCUGAGUUCCUCACCACUUCUGCUCUUGGACUUUGAUAAGGCCUUCUUCAGACGCUUUGGCCGGGCAUUCCAGUACACGCAAUAUGGAUUUUUCUCCAUGUUUGAAGUCCUCAGAAGUGUGUCUGAUAUCAUUGCAGUUGAGCAGACAAGAGCAGGUUCCUUGCUGACCCUGAAGAAGUACCUGGCAAGUGAGAUAGAGAAGGAAGAGAUGCCGCAAAGUGAGGUGCAGGAAGAGAUGCUGCAAGCAGCACCUGCAGCUGAGAUGCCUCCUUUGGAACCCAACUGCGAGACAGAAACCUUCCACCUGACAGCAAAAGAGAAGUCAGAGCCAGUGGAAACACGAGCAGUAGACUUGGGUGAUGGCCUCAAACAACCUCAAGAUUUGGAGCAGUCCCUACUAGACAAGUUGAUAAUGACUCCAGAAAUCCCCCCAGAUGCUGUUCAGGACAGAAGCCUUUGCAGUUUACCACCACUGGAGAGAAGGUGCUUGGUGGGAGUCUUUGUGGAAUUCAUCGUCUCUCCUAGCCAGUUCUACAUCCACAUCUGCAGCAGGGAAACAUCUGAUAAACUGCAGGAUAUGAUGAUUGAGAUGAGGCACUGUUACUCAAAUAAACUUGUUUCUGAUCGUUAUAUCAUGCCUGAGUCUUCGGUACAGCCUGGACAGCUUUGCUGUGUAACGGUCUCAAAAUGGUGGUACCGCGUUGUCAUCCACCGUGUGAUCAAUGACCAAGAAGUAGAGGUGUUCUACCCAGAUUACGGAAACCUCGAAAUUGUCCGAAAGUCUUGGCUGAGAUUCCUCAAGUGGUGCUACUUGAAGCUCCCUGCUCAGGCCAUCCCGUGUUCCUUGGCGUGGGUAAAACCUGUGGAGGAUACAUGGUCCAAUGCAGCAACUCUCCUAUUUAAGAAGCUGUGUGUCUCCAAGUUACUUGUGGGCAUCGUGGAUGAAUACGUGAAUGGCAUUUUGCAUCUCUUCCUGUGUGACACAUCCACUGAGGAGGAUGUCUACUUCCACUGUGUCUUGAGGGAUGGGGGAUGUGCCGACAUCUGCGGAGAGAACAUUCCUUCCCAGGGAUUCAAGGAACUGAAUCCUUCAGCCUUGUAUGUUCAGCCCAGUGGAAAGCAGGAGAAUGCUGAACUGCAAUGGCACCUGUCUGCUAAGAAGGAGACACAGGAUGAUGUGCAGCCACUUUUGGAUGAAGUGAGUGUCCCACGAAAAACAGACCAAGACCCUGAACUUGCACAGGAGGAUACAAAUGAAACUCUUACAGAGCUUAUGGCAGCGGUUAAGACACCUCAUUCUCUUGGAGAGUCCUCAAUGCCUGCUGUCUUAUUCAAGUCAGUGGAAGACUUUUACACCUCCUUUAUCUACUCCAAGCAACCAGCAGAAAUGAGCCAAGAUGACCCUGAUCAGAUAGAAAGAUUUUCCAACAAGGCCCAACUUCGUGAAGCUGUGCAUCCCUCUGUUCUACUUAUGGCAAUACCGUUUAUGCUGGACAACCGUAACAAUGAAGAGAAAAUGAAGAACAAAGACCUUCCCGGGAGUCUUGCAGUUGGCCUGUGCGGUGCCAGUAGGCUGUCUGACCAAGGGCCAUCUCAGAAACUGUAUGUCCCUCCUACCACGCUGUCUGCAGUGUUGGCAGCGGCACGCUUAGCCACUUCCAGUGACUACUUCCAGUGGCUCCCCAGCCUGAGAAAGAAGGUGUGA